AUGACUAUGGCAGCAGCAGCGGCCAGAGUUGAUGCGCUAGCCGAAGAAAUGACAGACACGAAGAAGAAUUUGCCCGCAAGGCCGGCUUGUAAAGCCGGGUCAAUUGUGGUUGAUAUGGGCUUGUUCUAUUUGAAAUGGGAGAGCUUCAUGAGGAUCUUAGCACCGAGAGCUGUGGUUAAAAAUGUGGUCGGAGUGGUAGGAGGUGGUUGGCAGGACCAAGUAACGUCUCCAUUGGUUAUCGAAUUACAUGGUUCUGACUGUGACAAAUGGAGUGCAGAAGUGUUCGUGAUGAACUUUAUUCGAUGUGGAUUGCUUCGACUGUUAUGA